AUGCUCCUGAGGGAAUUCCUGAUGUUGCGCGUCGCCCCGCUUCAGGCGCGUGCGCGCCCAUUGUGGAGGCUUGGAGAUGAAGAAGACAAGGAGUACCCGCCGAGCGCCUUCACUCCUUUGUUCCAUCGCAAGGACUGGGAGCCAAUCGUGGUCUCCAGGCCGACCUUUGACGCGCGCGGGCUGGUGCCGCCUGUGCUCUCCGGAGCCCCCACGGCGCCGAAGCCAGUGGAGCUAUCUUCUAACGAGUCCUGCGGAGGGAAAGAAGAGGAGGAGGACUCGGAGGCGACCCCCAAGGAGAUGGGGGAAAACUCCCCCUUGAGCAAAGUUGAUAUCCUCCGCGCCCUUCCUGACGACAUCGAGGUCGACGCCUGCCAAGAGGAGGGAGAACUCCCCGUCGUCCCGACAAGGAGCAGGUCGUCACUGAUUCCUCGGGAUGCCGCCUCAGCCUUGACGCCGCCCGGAGCUGCCUCCGGCCCUUCUGCCGCGCCGUCUUCUGCUCCUGGAGUCCGCGCGCCCACACCUCAGGCUUCGAGACUUUCAGGCUUCAAGCUUCCCAAGUGGAUGGUGGAAUAUGCCGCGGUGGAUCAGCCGGCGCCUUCAGCAAAGAAACGGAAGGAGUACACGGCGGUCGCGCCCCCUUCGGCGGAGAAAGGAGGUGGCAGCACUCGCACCUCCCCGGCCCGGUUGCCCUCGCGAGGCCAAGGGGAGCAUCGUCGGGAGGACUCAGCCCCUGUGGCCCCGCUGGCUCCGAAAGUGCCGGCGCCUGGCUCGGCUGAUGAGGUCCCAAAGGCUCAGGAGUCCUUGAUCUCCCAGGCUCUGGUGACGACGUCGAUUCCUCCUUCUGCCGCGCCACUACUCCCAGGCUCUUCUGCUUCCUCCAUCGCCCUGGAGCGCGUUCUUUCAGAGAUGGCACAGCUGCGGGAAGACCUUCUGGGCGCGGACCCACACCUAGUGGCCGGGCGCCUGGAACUGGCCUCUGGCUGGCUUCACUCUGACUCGGUGGUCCGAGCGGCGCUGAGCCAGGCCGCGGCAUCCUCCGAGAAGGAGAAGCAAAGCGCCAUCAAAGCUGCGGCUGAUCGCGACGCGGCACUGAAGGCCGCCGAGGCCGCCCGUGGCAGCUGCCAAGAGCUGGAGGACGAGCUGAAGCGUCUGCGCGACCAACACACGGAAGAAGCACGCGGCCGCCAGGUGAAGGAGGAGGAGAUGAGGGCCCGGGAGGACGCCAUCAAGAACCGUGACACUGAGUUGGAGGAGCUAGAGAAGACGCAGGCUACUGAGCGCAACCGGCUGGAGGAGCUGGAGCGGGAGGCGAAGGCGAAGGAAGCCGAUCUUGACGCCAAGGCGAAGGUCCUGGCUGAGGAUCGCACGACCUUCACUGAUCUCGAGGAGAGGUCUCGCGCGGCACUGAAGACGCUCUACGAGAACGACUUGGAGAGGCCCCACCCGCACCUCCGCGACCCCAGCGCUUGUCUUGAUGAGCUGCUGGAGCCUGUGGCCGAUGAGCACUGCACAGCUGCCGCCACAGCCGUGCAAGGUCAAGUGGAGGCCCUGCUGAAGAAGUUCCGCGGCUUUGCUUCCGCGCCCUUGACCGGGGGCGACACCACCAAGGGAGGAAUGCCGCCCUCGGGCAUCGAUGGUGUUCAGGGGUGA